CCCGUUAAAUCACUGUUCUGUGGAAUUGAAAAACGAACUAGCUUUGUAUUUACUUAUCGAGUUGACAGCGUAAUCGCUACUUUGAACAGCCCAGAUUGAAGGAGACUCGGCUUUCAGGGUACAUGUAUUCAACUAAGGCCUGAAGUCUAAAUGUAGAAUUAUCCAAGAGCAAAUCACGAUCUGAUUUACCAAUGUGCCCGUCCCAGUGCGAAAUGAGAUUAGCAAUAGACGCUGGUUUAGAUAUUAGGAAACACAUCGAGAACGAAACAAUAAAGCUUGAAUUGUUACUGGUUGGCUGAAAAUUUGUUGACAAACGCUGACAAGGCGUCGGCCCUAGUAAACCAGUUUUGUAAACACGACGGGUAGCUAGUCUAGCAUAAGAGAAACAACUGCAACAACGAAACAUCUCCAGAAACGAAACCGCCGGGCUGUGCAGCAUCGUUUGUUAUUUCUGAAUAAGAUCAUAAUGGGUAAAAGUCAAGAACAGGAAAAAAUAAGACAAGUACAAGAGACGGUCUUUUCGUUGGACGGAGUUGGACAAAAGAAGGACGGUUUUUCGGUGAUCCAAACUUCUGGAAUAGCCAUGUCGGGUGUGAGGCAUGUUAACAAGAUUCCUACAAUCAGAGGAACGGAUAUCAUGAGAGAUCCAAGGCUAAACAAGGGAACCGCCUUCACUCUACAAGAAAGACAGAUCCUUGGAAUACAUGGUCUCCUUCCUCCAUGCAUAUCGACUCAAGAGAUUCAAAGCCAAAGAAUGUAUGCAGAACUACACAGAAAGGCUAAUGAUCUUGAAAAAUACAUUCUCCUGAUGGCUUUACAGGAGAGAAAUGAGUCCUUAUUCUUUAAAAUCUUAAUGGAUCACACAGAAGAGCUGAUGCCGAUUGUUUAUACCCCAACUGUGGGUCUUGCUUGUCAGAAGUAUGGCAUGAUAUUUAGGAGACCUAAGGGGCUGUUUGUUUCUAUCCAUGACCUUGGACAUGUUGAAGAUCUCCUAGCAAAUUGGCCAGUUGAAGAUGUUAAGGCCAUUGUAAUGACAGAUGGAGAGCGCAUUCUUGGCCUGGGUGAUCUUGGUUGCUGUGGCAUGGGAAUACCUGUUGGAAAGCUUGCUCUGUAUACAGUGUGCAGUGGCAUUGAUCCAGGAGUGUGUCUUCCUGUCAUGAUUGAUGUUGGAACUAAUAAUCAGGCUUUGCUAGAUGAUCCACUUUAUAUCGGAGUUCCUCAGAAGCGUGUAACGGGUAAAGCAUAUGAUGAUCUUAUUGAUGAGUUCAUCCGUGCUGCAACUCAGAGAUAUGGUGAAACAGUAUUAAUCCAGUUUGAAGAUUUUGGAAACCAUAAUGCCUUCAGAUUCCUGGAGAAAUACAGAAAUAAGAUUUGCACCUUUAAUGACGACAUACAAGGCACUGCAUCUGUCACAGUUGCUGGUUUGCUCGCUGCUCUGCGAAUCACUAAGAAUAAGCUGGCAGAUCACAAGUUCCUCUUUCAAGGAGCUGGGGAGGCUGCUAUUGGAAUUGCUGACUUGCUUGUUCUAGCCAUGAUCAAGGAAGGAUUAUCCCUUGAGGAGACGAGAAGAAGAAUAUGGCUUGUAGAUUCUAGAGGACUGGUUGUGAAGGAUCGUGCAGUUGGAGGAUUAACUGAAGAGAAACUGAAAUACGCUCAUGAAACAAAGCACAUCAGUACCCUUGCAGAAGUUGUUAAGACUAUUAAACCAACUGCCAUUAUUGGUGUCGCAGCAGUGGCUGGAGCAUUCACUGAAGACAUUGUUAAGGCUAUGGCUUCCUUUAAUGAGCGACCUAUCAUCUUUGCUCUUAGUAACCCAACCUCCAAAGCAGAAUGUACAGCAGAACAGGCUUACACUUGGUCUAAUGGAAAGGCUGUGUUUGCCAGUGGAAGCCCUUUUGCACCUGUCACUCUUCCUGAUGGGCGUCAUUUCAUACCUGGUCAAGGGAACAAUGCCUACAUCUUUCCUGGUGUAGCACUGGGUGUGAUUGCCUGCAAAACUCAGCAUGUUACUGAUGAGAUGUUCCUUCUUGCCGCGGAGUCUUUAGCCAAUCAAGUGGAAUCCUUGCAGCUGGAGAAGGGCUGUCUGUACCCACCCCUGAAAGAUAUCAGAGAUGUGUCCUUUAAAAUUGCUGUCGAUGUAGUGAAGCUGGCAUAUACUUGUGGAUUAGCCACCAUUCAUCCUGAACCUGAAAAUAAACAACAAUUAGUCCAAGAAAACCUCUACAGUGCAGAUUAUAUGUCUUACAUUCCACACACCUACAACUGGCCGACAGAAUGACUGAAUAUUGAAACAACACCAAAACAAUUGGAAAACAAAAUCUGAAUAUUUUUUUUUUCUUUGAAUGGAAUAGUUUAGAGUGGUUUAAUAUUUUUUCUUGCGAUAGUAAUAACGAACGUUUAAAGCCACAUAAUAUAUCUUUCAGGCAAAUAAUUUCACAAGUAUAGCCCGUGAAAUGUAGCCAAUGGCGAUGAGUUAGGUAAUGGUUUAAAUCGGAUUUUUUAGAUUUUCACACAUUUCGACAUGUAUUUACUGUGCAACAAAACACUUUGUUUUUGUAUUAGUAUCUCUUUUUAUCUCAUCAGUGCAUAUUAGUUCAAACAAGUAUUUGGUGAGAGCGCACAAAUUAGGAUGGAAACUGAUGAUAUGUUUUCACCAGCUCUUGUCAUGUGCAGAGCUGUUGAUCUGUUGAAAUCACAAGUCUGAUACACAAAAAAAUACUGUGAGCUGCAAAGGUUCUGGGUAGUUAAAAUUUAUCAUACUUUCAGGGGACAAGAAUUGAUGCCUGUUUGAUGAAAUUCUAAACCCAGAGUUACAUAAUGUUGAAAAUACUUUUUGGAAGAAAUGAAUUGUCAAGAAUUAAAUUAUGAUCCGUAUCUCUUGAUGUCAAUGGUUUUUAAUAUAUUUAGAAAAUAAAUCAAUAUCAAACAGAGGAUAAUA